AUGCCCAGCCCCACGGCCGUCCGCAAGAUACGCGGCUCCGCACGAGACACGCCAGCCUUAGGCACCGCCGAGGCCUCCGACGCCGUGCUUGUUUUUCAGCACGCGGACACUGAGUGGCGCGGCGGCUGCAGCCGGAGGAGUGGCGCGGCGGCUGCAGCCGGAGGCCACGCGGAGGUCCAGCAGUGGCCAGAGCCGCUCCAUAGGUGCACGGGCGGGCACAGCCAGGAGCCGCCGCCGGAGGCCCGUGGCAACCAGCUCUACGGGCACACCUUCGCGGUGCUGAAGGGGGAGCUGCUCAUGAGCCAGAUGCUGGAGCCCGAGGUCAUGCACUUCGUGUCCGAGUUCGGCGACCUCUUCACCACGAUGUUCACCGCAUACUGCGAUACUCCGGUGAUGGGGGAGACCACGCACAUGACGCUGACCGGGUUCCUGCGCUUCUGCAACGACUUCCGGCUCUUCCCGGAGCAGGUCGACUUUCAGACAAUCCUCUGGCUCUACCAGACUGCAGAGGCGCGCGAGGACAGGAAGCCCUUCGAGGAGGCCGAGGCAGGGCCCGAGCCAGAGCGGGCGGCGUGGGGACGGGGCUUCUCGCGGGCAGCGCGGCAGAGCCCGGCCGUAGAUAGGUCGGAGGUCGCGAUGGCGGACCCGGAGGACAAGAACGAGGCGGACGAGCAGGAGGAGGAGGAGGACGACGGCCUGGCCGUGCAGGAUCUGUCCAAGCUGGACAUCACCAAGCUGACGCCGCUGUCGCCCGAGGUGAUCAGUCGCCAGGCCACGAUGAACGUCGGCACGAUCGGCCACGUGGCGCACGGUAAGUCCACCGUGGUCCGUGCUCUGAGCGGGUCCAACACGAUCCGCUUCAAGCAGGAGAAGGAGCGCAACAUCACGAUCAAGCUGGGCUACGCCAACGCGAAGAUCUACAAGAACGACCGGGCAGAUCUGGACCGGCCCGCCAACUACUGCUCCUUUGGCAGCAAGACGCCCGACGUCGUUCCCGACGAGGAGGGCGGCAACUGGAGGCUCGAGAGGCACGUGUCUUUCGUGGACUGCCCUGGGCACGACAUUCUCAUGGCAACAAUGCUCAAUGGUGCUGCCGUGAUGGAUGCUGCGCUGUUGCUGAUCGCCGGGAAUGAGUCGUGCCCGCAGCCGCAGACAUCGGAGCACCUGGCAGCGGUAGAGAUCAUGCGCCUGAAGCACAUCAUCAUUCUCCAGAACAAGGUCGAGCUAAUCAAGGAGCAGCAGGCGCAGGCGCAGUACGAGGAAAUCAAGAAGUUCGUGGCGGGGACGGCCGCGGACAGCUCCCCCAUCAUCCCUCUCAGCGCCGUCCUGAAGUAUAACAUCGAGAUUGUGUGCGAGUACCUGUGCACGCAGGUACCAAUCCCUCCCAGGGACUUUCUCUCCAGCCCACACAUGAUCAUCAUUCGGUCUUUCGACGUGAACAAGCCCGGGGAGGAGGUGAACAAGCUGAAGGGCGGCGUCUGUGGCGGGUCCAUCAUUAAGGGUGUGCUGAAGGUCGGCGACGAGAUCGAGAUCAGGCCUGGAACUACGAGCAAGGAUGCCAGCGGUAACACCACGUGCAAGCCGAUCCGCUCUCGGAUCAUCUCUUUAGCAGCCGAGGCCAACUCGCUUCAGUUUGCAGUUCCGGGAGGUCUCAUUGGCGUUGGGACCAAGAUAGAUCCCACCGAGACACGCGGCGACCGCAUGCUGGGCCAGGUCAUGGGGCACCCCGGCAAGCUGCCCGACAUCUACAUUGAGAUCGAGGUCAAGUAUUACCUCCUCCGCCGCCUGCUCGGCGUUAAGACGGAGGGGGACUCCAAGGCUGGCAAGGUGUCGAAGCUGAAGAAGGGGGAAAUUCUCAUGGUGAACAUCGGCUCCCUGGCUGCGGGCGGCAGGAUCGUGAGCAUUGGGGAUGACGACGUGGGCAAGAUCGUGCUGACGAAUGCAGUGUGCACCCAGGAGGGCGACAAGGUCGCUCUGAGCCGCCGAAUCGACAAGCACUGGCGGCUCAUCGGAUGGGGCUCAAUCGUGAAGGGCAAGACGAUCACGCCCAUCGAGAGCAAGGUUCCCUAG